AGAGGAAACGUCGAGAAUAGUGGAGCAAGAGGGGAGGAGAAGAAAGAAGAGGUGAGGAAAGGAGGAGGAGGACCUGCACAAGUGUCAUGGAGGAGGACAUCAGGAAACAGGGGAUGCUCUACCUCCAGCAGCAGAGGUUUGGGAAGAAGUGGAAGCGUGUGUGGUGCGUCCUGUACAGAGAAAGCUCCUGUUCGAUCUCCAGGCUGGAGUUCUUUGAGUGUAAAGAUGGAGGGACGGUGGAGAAGAGUGACAAGAGUCUGCGCAAACAGCAGGAACACAAGAAGGUGAUCCGUCUGGCGGACUGUAUCCGGGUGUCGGAGGUGGAGAUGGACGGAUGUCCCAGAGACACAGGACCGUUCCUGGUGGAGACCACUGAGAAGAUCUACGUGUUUGCUGCAGACAGACACCAGGUGGAGGACUGGACUCACAAACUGUGUGAGAUCGCCUUCCCUAUGAGCUGGACGGAGCACGGGGUGAAGCGAGGCAGCCUGCAGAGAGGAAACCGGGUGGACGAAGAUGAACGAAUGGAGGACAACUCCCUGUACAGCGGCAGAGAGACAGUGCGUGACUUCAGGGUGUGUGUUCGGAGGACGGAGGCGUCUGAGCGCUGCAGACUGAAAGGAGACGUGUUGCUGCGAGCGGACGUAGACGCUCUUCACCUGCUGGACAAGAGCGGAGACGUCGUGUUCACCUGGCCGUACAGAUACCUGAGGCGCUUCGGACGAGACAAGUCCACCUUCUCCUUCGAGGCGGGGCGGAGGUGUGAGUCUGGCGAGGGGAGUUUUGAGUUCGACACCAAACAGGGGAACUUCCUGUUUCAGGCCGUGGAGGCGGCCAUCAACCUGCAGAGGAUCUCCCUCCCCCACAGGCAGACCUCCGGGGGGGGGCUGGCAAGUCCAGACAUCCCCCAGGCCCUGAACCUGCCCCCGCUGCCUCUCAACACGCCGCUGGCCCACAGCAGGACGCCACCGCCGCCUCAGCCCCGAGGCCAUAUCCCACAACCCCCUUCUGCUCAGGCAGCUGACGGGGUGUACAGCAUGGUGACCGAACAUCACAAAGACAAAGAGAGCUCCACCCCCUCACAGCAACAACAACUACAACCACAGCGCCCCCCGCUGUCUCGUCUGGAGCCUCCAGUCGACAAAGCUCUGACCGGAGUGAAGAGUCUGACCCUGGACACCCGCGGCGUCCCCGCCCCCCGCAAGAACCAGGUCAAGAUGAUCUCCAGCUGCCCUCUGCCCCACGCCGAACCCGGCCCCAACCCGGCCCCGGGCCCCGGCUCCGCCCCCACCCACAACUCCCGCCUCAGCCCCAAACUGAGCUCCAACCAAAUGUACUCCCAGAUCACGCUGCCGGGGAGUGGCGAGCGAGGCACCCUGAGGGAGAGGAGGGAGAGAGGGAACAGCCUGGCUCCCCCCUGCACCCCUCCUCAGAUCACCCCCCCGGAGCCGGAGUACUCCCUCCCCUUUGAUACCAUCAAUAAGAACAUGAUGGCGGACAUCCUGAGCUCGCAUCCUGCCCGAGGCUGUGAGUCCAGUGGCGACCCGCUCUACGACAGCAUCGACGAGAUGAAGAUCAGAAACGUCUUCCUGAGCGACGCCGACGCCCUCGGACCAACGUACGGGAAGGUGGAGCACAUCUACGACGAGCCUGAAGGCUGCGCCGCCACCGCCGGCGCCUCUGGAGGGCAGAAGUCCACCGGCCCCCCCUCAGUGUACGACGACCCCGAGGAAAUGAGAGGAGACGCCUGGAGGAUCAUGGGUACGGCCGCUGACCCCAAAGGUCACGAGUACCCAUACAACCCCCGGGUGGACGACUACGCCGUGCCCAAACGACCCCAGAGGGCGAUCCACGUCACCAAUGAAGAAGAAGAAGAAGACAACGAGGAGCAGCAGCGAUGCGGCGGAGUUGAUAGACGCCACAUCUUGGAGGUGGACCCCCGGAGGUUCCUGUUUGUCACAUUGAGGCAAGCGGUCCAGCUGGAGGGGAAGCGCCAGGAUGCUCGGCCUGACUGA